GACAUUGGAAAUUUUUUAUAGAAACGCCAUGAAAAUUCUCGGGUAAUGAGAUAAAUAUAUGUCAUAAAACUAGGACUUUAUGACAUGGGUAACAGGGGGUCGAUCGGGGAGAGACAUUGUCCGCACCAUGAAUGCCGAAAGGAACGCCCUGGAAAAUUCUCUAACAGCACAGAUGCACAUAAAUCGUCACCUAACUCAUCAAGACAUCAUGUACAUCGAUAUGAUGUUAAAAAUGGAAAGAUUGCCAAUGCGACAAAUCCAUUUAUCAUAUUUUUCUUGAGAUUAAGGAGUAAGAGCCCGAAAAAGCCAGUCACAUUAAUGGCCCGACUCGCUGGAAAAAGGUGGACGAAAAUGUCAAUCGAUCAGAAACAGAAAUAUAUGAAUCUCGCCAAUGCUGAGAAGAAGAGAAGAGAAGAUAAAAAACGAAGACGUAAAAUAAAAAUCACACAAUAG